AUGGCCAAAAUGAACCCAACAGUGAGAACUGAACUACGUCAGGAGAAGUCCUGUGUGACGUCUAUUGUCUCGGUUUACAUCGGCGGCGGAACAGUUCAAAGCGGGACCGCACACUGGUUUGCCAGUAAACCCGAUAGGCUAUCACAAGGGAAGGUUCCAGGUCAAAAGCCACCUAUCCUAUGCAGGAAUUAUCCGUUGUCUCUCUCUCGGAUCAACUUUGUACUCUGCAUCAGCUUGCCUGCCAAUUCCAUUCAUGGGGGGGAUUGUUGGAAAUUUACGAAAUUUCAGGUGAAUGAAACCGGGAUUUUGGCGGGUCUACCGAGGCAACCAGUCCCGGGUUCGUCGUAUCUGGACACCCCACAAUCAAUAGACGUAUUGAAUUGUGGGAUUUCGUUUCGGGUGGCUUGGGCUCCAAGUCUCCUCUCCUGUACGUCUAGGUUUCCUAUCGCGUUAGGAAGCCUAGCUAGCUCAUAUGGAAUUGCUCUUCAUAUGGGUACUUGCAUGACUCUUAGAAUAUCCCAGAAUGCCUUCACCGCCUUAUCUCAUAGGGCGGUUAUCGCUAGGGUUUUCCCUUUGUUCGGGCAACAAGCUAGCUAUACUCAAGCACAUCAUCAGCUCGGCAAUGUCGUCGUGCAUCCCUUCAUGGUGUCGCCAACUGAUAUCCUAGUCGGCGGUAUAUCCAAGCUACUAUCUCUCUCGAUCUCGAUGAAGAAAGAGUCCAGCACUUCAUUGCUGCUGUCUGUGACAGUGGCAGUGGUGGUGCUAUUGGGGGAAGCAGGGGUGACGGAGGGGGCGGUGACGUGUAACCUAACGAGGCUGAAACCAUGCGUAGCAGCAAUAACGUCGACGCAACAACCCUCGAGAAGAUGUUGUGAGGUGUUGAGGGAGCAGAGGCCAUGCUUGUGUGAGUACAUGAGGGACCCUCAGUUCAGCCAAUUUGUCAACUCUCCCAACGCCAAGAAGGGUAUCACUUGGUGCUCCAAAUAUGCACUCUACACGGUUUACGGUUCUGUACCUGGACUACACUUGAUCACUGAUGCUGUGAAGGAAGAAAGUAUGAAGAAAUUGUUUAUGAUAACGGAACCCAUGCAUUGCACUUCUUACUUGCAGAUAGAGUGGGGUGGGGAAGGUCGAUCAAUAGAUCACGAAUUAUCUCAAAAUUUGAAACAAUGGCAGUUGUUUAGUGGUGCUAAGUACAUAUUUGAUGUACUAAUGCGUGAUAAGGAUGCUGAAGCCAAACAAUUUGACGGGGUCCUAGGGUCAAUGGAUCCGAUUUUAUUUGAUUUUUUGCCAAGAAGGGACCAGAUUGCAACUGAGUGCUACGGGUGCUUGGAGCAAGAAAGGAUUGCUCUUUUGCAACUAAAAGCUUCCAUCAACAACCCAUAUGGCUAUGGCCUUCCAACGUGGGAGGAGGCUUUUGUUGGCGGCAAAGUGACCCCUGACUGUUGUGAAUGGGAAAGAGUCGAAUGCAAUCCCAAAACAGGGCGAGUGAUCCAACUUUCACUCAAUUCACAACGGGCAAGGGACUUGCAUUGGUAUCUAAAUGCCUCCAUGUUUCUUCCAUUCGAAGAACUUGAAAGUCUCGACUUAUCAUGGAAUUUUUUAGUGGGCUGCCUUGAGAAAGAAGGUUUUGAGAAGCUGGCAAUGCUUAGCAGCCUGGAGAAUCUGGAUUUGAGUGAUAACAAUUUCAACAACAGCAUCCUAUCAACUUUGGGUGGGCUGACAUCUCUGAAGUCUCUGUAUCUAGGCUAUAACGGGUUGAUGGGAACUUUCCAUGUUAAUGAUCUCAAACAUUUGAAAAACUUGGAGAAGUUGGAUAUCAGCAAUAAUGAGCUUGAUACUUUCGUCACUCAUUCAGGUUUUCAAAGAGUAUCUGUGUUGGGAAAGAUCAAGGUGCUUGAUUUGGAAUUCAAUUUGUUCAAUAGCAGCAUUUUACCAUCCCUUGGUGUGCUUUCAUCACUCAAGACUAUAAACCUAAGGAACAACAAUAUGAGUGGAUCACUGCACCGGGGAGGGUUGGAAGGAUUGAAAAACUUAGAGUACUUGUAUUUGGAUUAUUCAUCCAUUGACAGCAGCUUCCUUUAUAACGUUGGAGUGAUGUCUUCCCUGAGGGUUUUGUCACUUAGAAGUGCCGUGCAUAAUGCAAGCCUACCUGACCGAGGUUGGUGUGAACUACCUUACCUCCAGGGAUUGGACCUUAGUGAGAAUGAUUUAAAGGGCAGGCUUCCCUCGUGUGUAGGAAACUUGACGUCAAUCCGGUUGUUGGACCUCUCUUAUAAUCAGUUGCAUGGAAAUCUCACCUCGUCUCCCCUUAUCAAUCUUGCAGCACUGGAGUACCUUUUCAUUUCACAUAACCAUCUCGAGAUCCCAAUUUCACUUGUUUCAUUUUAUAACCAGUCAAAGCUUAAGGUACUUAUCGGUGACAACAACAGACUCAGCGACCAAAUCGAGUUUCAAAGAUCAAUUCCUAGGUUCCAACUUCAGGUUUUCAGUUUGUCAAGUUGUAGUUCAAACAAGCUUGGUAUGCAGGUUCCACAGUUUCUUUAUUACCAGUACGACCUGAGAAUGGUUGAUCUUUCACACCACAGUCUGGCUGGAACGUUCCCAGUUUGGUUGUUAGAAAACAAUACAAGAUUGGAAGUUUAUAGGCUAAGAAACAGCUCUCUCAUUGGGCAUCUCCUCUUAUCAUCUCGUCCCAAUCCCCAUCUCCGCUCAAUAGAUCUUUCUGACAAUCAUUUUGAGGGCCAACUUCCAAGGAACCUAAGUUUCAUCUUUCCCAAUUUGUUGGAUCUAAACAUGUCUACAAAUCGAUUUGAGGGCGCCAUUCGUACUUCUUUUGGUGGUCUGGACUCUCUGAAGUUUUUGGACUUGUCUAACAAUAAUUUGUCUGGACAGAUACCAGAGCAAUUCCCAAUGGGUUGCUCCUCCUUAAAGUUGCUCCAGAUAUCAAACAAUAAUUUGUCUGGCCAGAUAUCGCCUUCAAUUUUCAAUUUAACGGAGCUGUCAUGGUUAUUUCUGGACAACAAUCUCUUUGUGGGCGAACUUCCAGAUAGCUUGUGUACUCUCUCUAAUUUGGAAUUAAUGGACAUCAGCAACAACCAAUUCUCAGGAAGGCUUCCAAGAUUGAUGGGUAACAUGUCAGGUUUGAGGCAUGUGGUUAUGUUCUCAAAUCAUUUUGAAGGACCCAUUCCAGUGGAAUUCUGCAAACUUGAUAUUCUUGAGUUUUUAGACCUUUCAGAAAACAACAUUUCCGGUGCUAUACCAUCUUGCUUCAACCCAUCAACAAUAAAACACGUCCACCUGAAUCGAAACGGUUUGAGAGGAUCAUUGAGCCGUGCUUUUUACAACAGCUCUUCUUUGGUGUCAUUAGAUCUCAGCAAUAACAUCCUAAGUGGCAAAAUUCCUCAUUGGAUUGGAAGCCUUUCUGUAUUGAGCAUUCUUUUGCUGAAGUCUAAUCAUUUUGAAGGAGAAAUUCCAGCCCAGAUAUGCCAGUUGAAAAAGUUAAGCAUGUUGGAUCUUUCUCAAAAUACCUUUUCUGGUCGCAUACCUACUUGUCUGCAUGACAUAUCUUCCGACAGCUCCUAUUGGAAAUCUUAUUUAACACCUACAUUUAAAUCUACUGUUGACUAUUCGCCAUGGAACUCUGUGAAGGGGUCAAAUUUUUUGGGACCGCAUGAAUACCAACUUAAUCUGGUGUAUGUUCAGCAACAAACGGUGUUCACGACAAAGCACGGAUCUUAUUCAUACAAAGGAAAUAUUCUUGAUUACAUGUCAGGAGUUGAUCUCUCUUGCAACCUCUUGACUGGGGAAAUCCCACCUGGAAUCGGAAACUUGAGCGAGAUCCGUGCACUAAACUUGUCCCAUAAUAAUAUUAGUGGAUCAAUCCCAGCUACGUUCUCGGGCCUAAAGCAAAUAGAAAGUUUGGAUCUCUCGUACAGCAGCUUGAGCGGAGGAAUCCCUCCUCAACUGAUUGAACUUGGAUCUUUGGCAGUCUUCAGUGUGGCACACAACGACUUAUCGGGUACGACACCAGACCAGAAAGCUCAAUUUGCAACUUUUGAGGCAAGUAGCUAUGAGGGAAAUCCCCUUCUUUGCGGGCCUCCCUUGCCGAAAAGUUGCACCCAAAACGUGCCAACGCCAACAAGGCAAAAAGACUUGGACAGACAAGGAGAAGAUGGUGGUUUCCUAGAUACAGAGGCUUUCUAUACAAUUUUACCCUACUUUUCAAAGGUAGACGCGUAUAAUCUUCUUCUGUUAUAG